CGACGAGGGUAUCUCGGCAGCGCAGUCGGGUCGGAGGUCUGUCUCUAUGUACCCCCACCGUCUCGCACCCGGGCACCCCUAUUGCCCACUGACCCUCUCGCUGUUUCAGCCCACGCUAACGGUCUUGGCAACACUCUUCCCGCUCUGAUAACCCCAGCCAAGGCGUAUAUAACCCCCACCAGCUUCUUUCGCCCCGUGCUACUAAGCAGGUGGCAAGUACUGGAUACUGACCAUCACAAUGGCCUCUCCCCUCCGCCCAGCUCUGCGGCACAGGUCCCAAUCCCACAUCUCCUUCCUCCCAGACGACCCCGCCGUUCCUUCGCACUCGCACUCGCAGAGCGACACCUUGUCGCCAUUGAAAGGGCCGUCGGGAUGGAGAAAUACCUCGCCUCAGAAGAAAUGGCAUGUAGUCAUCGAAUUUGGCGGAGAAUUCGUGGUCCGCGAGCAGAUGCGGAAAGAGUUUGACGACGACGGCGGUAGUGUGUUGGCGGUGCUGCAGGCCACUCCGCAUCAGCAACUUGUCCAUCUCCUCCCCCAGCUUCAACUGCCCUCUCCCCUCGGGCUCUUCUUCACUCUGGUCAUUCCCUAUCCGAGCGCGCGCAAAGCUCCCAAAGUCACCGACAGCCUUUGGCCCACCCUCUUCUCGUCCCAUCUCAUCCCCGACCCCUCACUUCCUAUGACCCACUCCAAUCCAUCUUAUGACUGUUUACCAAUAGCAGCAACACUCGGACUGAAAGUGGACAAAGACCUAGCGAGGUGGUGGAAUGGAUGGUUGAGGGAGGGCGAAGAUGGUUUUGGGGUGGGGAUGAACCUGGGUAUAAGCUCGAGGAUGGCAGAUGCGGAGAGAAAGAGGGUGGACAGUAUACGCAGUGUGAGUAUGGAACGGGUUAUCGACAGUGAGGCCACCAAAAACGACCGGCAAGAAGACGCUUCUGUCUCUGUCGAGGUCGUCUCCCUGCCUGCUACGCUUGCCCCCCGGCCAGCCAGCUUGUCUCAACAGCCACUCAAAGUGCAAAUAGGCGGCUUUGCACCCAGCCUCCGGCCUUCCCCUUCCCGGGAGAUUUCUGAGCCUGACCUUGCCCCUCCGGAGCCAUCGAAUCCUCCGCCUGCUGCUCGAGAGAUUCCAGCACCUCUGGAGAUCUUUGACCUUCCCACAUCUCCCGCAGAUGAUUCGGAAAGUUCGCACGACAAUGGAUACACCUCCUCUGUCCCCUACUCUCCCACGCUUUCCCCUCCUGCCCCCGAGGCGCUCGCUUCUCAGCCUUUUCUUCAAGACCUUCAAGGUAUGCUCGAAGGCGUUCAGAAGGAAAAGAAGAACCUCACGGUCAAGGUUACCAGCGAUGUGCCGUGGGCAGACCUGGCCAGUGCGGCGUUGUCGGAAGCGACGAGCUGGGGUCCUCCAGACACUCCUUCCCCUGUCAUCUCUCCCCGUCCGCUCACCCCUCCCAUUGCGGCUUCUGCCGAACCCAUCAUCACUCGCGAGACUGAGAUUCACCCUCACGCCCCUCACCCCGAACACCACCCUACUGGUCACAGACAUCAUCCGGCAUGGACCUUUCUACCCCGGGGUCCGGUCGAGGCGAGACCAUGGGAACACAACUGGCCAUUUUAUAGAAGCCAGGAUGUUCCAGAGCCGGAGGGUCUUUCCCAGUUCCCUCGAGAGGCGCAUGGGCACGUCCAGGUUGAAGAAGAGCAGGCGGUAGAAGUGGAACAGGUCAUUGAGAUGGAGCGUGACAUCCAAGUUCAGCGCCAUCUACCCAGCUCCAACGUGGCGCAUCAUGAGCCUGAUUCGAAAGACGCCAAAGGACACGGGCAUAAUCCAUCCUGGACGUUCCUCCCUCGUGGUCCGGUAGAAGCCAAGCCGUGGGAGCACAACUGGCCUUACUAUAGAAGCCAAGACGUCCCAGAACCGGAAGGGUUGAAACAGUUUCCGCGAGAAGAGCACGCGCCUGUUCAAGAAGAAAUCAAACUCGUCGUGACCCACGAGAAAGAGCAGGUUGUCGAAGCCAGUCUUCCCGAUCUGGCGUCGCCCCAAAUGUCUGCUUUCGCCAAACAACAAGCUUUCGCAAGCCCCCAGGCGCCUCUUUCUCGCGAGCUCGUCAAUGAAGGGCUGGACACGGCGAGCGAAUUCGGGGUUGACGCAGGCCAUUUCCCAAGCCAUAGAGUGGCCGAGUCAAACGGGGAAGAAGAAGAGAGCGAUGGCAUCGAAGGGUUCGAUAUCAUUACCCCUUUCCAGGAACCGUCAUCUGUACUCAGAAAGAAGCCUGAGGAUCUCAACUUUGUCAUACCCAGUCGGCAGUUUGUUCGAGAAGACUACAUCCCCGACACGCCUUCCUCCCCUUUCGACAGCGACAGCUCGCAAGAAGAAGAAUUCGAAUCCGCCGAUCCAGGGGGUGCAUUGAUGGAUAUGAUGGCUCCACUCUCUCGGGUGUUGGCGGCUGUUGAUCCUGUCAUGCAUGCCAGAGCCCCGUCGCUGGGGACGCUCCUCGAUGUUAUUGAGGAAGCCGAGGACAGCUCUGUAGAGUCGCCUCUGGUUCCGAGAGGUUCGGCGCUGCCCGAGGUGCGAAACAUCCAGACGACGGUGAAGCACGCGCCUUCACAUGAGGAAGAUACGGAGACAUUCGAAGGGACGGUCGUGAGUAGUGAGAUGGAGACGUGGGAGACGGGCGUGGUUGGUGAAGCGGAAGUGCAUACUAUGAGUGGGCAAGAGGUGCCUAGAAUAGUGGAGAAUCGCUCAACCGAGGUGGAGCAGCGAGACCUAGAAUCAAGGAGUACAACUCCGGAGGAGCAACCCCUUCCGCCACCACCAUACGAGCCCAUGUUCAACCCUCUCCCUCGGCAGGCCAUAAUGGGGCCAUUCCCACAGAUCACUCCCCGCCCUCCAUCCCACUUGUCUUCUCCCAACCUCGUCAACCAGAUGUCGCCCAGUAUGGCGUCUCCUUACUCUAGAUCCAGUGUAGGGUCGCUACCAGACCCGCAUGUGAGGUUAGAUCCUCAAAGGUCUAACGAAGGCCGGCCGAUGUCCAGGGGUAUGACCGGGUUGGAUCCCGGGCAGAAUAUGCGCCCGACGCCUCCUUCGUUCCACGCAGACUCGUCCGACUCGGAAGAGGAGAGACGGGUAGAAGUGGGGGAGCAAGACGAAAUCCCACAGACGAGGAGGAGCAUCUUCCGACCACGUUUCGGUCGCUCUCAAUCCCACUAUGACACGUCCACCUCUUCUACUCCUGUCCACGCCCCUCGGUCGUCCUCCAUCUCCAACCUUUCCUCGGUCAACAUCUACCGCUCUUCUGCCGCCUACGAAGGUGCACGGGACAGCACCUUCUCUCUCGCAUCCGUCACUUCUACAUCAUCAAAGGCGCCGGCAAGGCCGCUGAAGAGGUUGAGUCAGAGUGUGUCGGGUUUUUCAGGGGCCCAAAGCGUGGAAGCGGAUGGGGCCUUAAACGGUCUACGCCCGGCGAUGAUGAGUUUGAGGGAUUCGAGCAUGUACGUUGAAGGAAAGGGUUACCCGUACCUUGAGAUCUACCACUGGCCUAGAGCUCCACUCGUUUCUGUGCCAGUCUACAGCUCCGUCUAUCCUCGUCUCGAGAUAUACGCCCCAGCCAAAUCUGCCAUCAUGUUGGCAGAAAGACAAGUCAAGCUGGUGGACUACAGCUAUCCGGCUAUAGUGAUUUAUCCUGCAGUGGACAGAGCCAGGUCGGCCCCGAGGACCAUCUCAGUCAGGCUGGUAGACUACCAGUACCCAGCUAUCGCCCUUUACCCCGUCGUUGCCCGUCCGGUGUCCAGAAUGGUGUCGCAUGCUGCAACAGCAGUGCGGAGCAUAAAAGUGAUGCUGGUCGACUUUAGUUAUCCCAACAUCAACCUUUACCCUGCGGCUCGCUCUGUGAAGAGAAUAAUCAAACGAGAGAUUGAGACGAGACAGACGUCCGUCAAGCUGGUCGAAUAUGUCUACCCCGAUAUCGUGCUCUACCCCGCUGUCAUAAGAGCUGUCAAGCCCGUCCCCAGAGCCCUCAUUUCGGCCCCACCCACCCAAUGGACGCCAAUGUCGAAGAGUAUUCGAGUUGAGCUGGUACCCAUCACAUACCCUGAUCUCGUCAUCUAUCCCGACAUGGCCCCAGUCUAUCGAGAAAUGGAUAUGGCUCACCUGGAAGCCUCUGUCAAAGUCAAGCUGGUCGACUACACCUACCCGCAUAUCGCACUCUAUCCAGCCGUGGCUGGUAAGCGAAACGUCAAGGCCGCGGUGACAUCGACUUGCCAAGGCAAGCUGGUUGAUUAUAACUACCCAAACAUCGUCCUAUAUCCCGCCGCCGCCACCAGGGUCCGCGUCAGGAGAGAAGUGAGGAUGUCCAGUGUCCAGGUUGAGCUGGUACCAUUCUCAUACCCCAAUCUAAUCAUCUACCCGGCCACAUCAGCUUGGCGAGAUGUUGGGAUACCUGGCAACAGAUCUGCUGUCAAGGUCGAAUGGGUCGAGGUCCUCUAUCCCGACAUUGUGCUCUACCCAAGCAUGUCUCAGCCUCGCGCAUCUCCUUCCCGUGUGGGGAUUGCCGAAGCAUCAUCGGGUACGGUUACUCCCUCUGAUAACGGCUACAGUUCUUCAGUCCCAUACUCUCCCGAUACGUGCUUUGCCCAACCUUCAUAUGAAGCACCUUCCACCCAGCCAUUCUUGAUGGACCUGCACUCCCUGUUGGAAGACGUUGCCGAACGCAAGGCGAAAGAAUUGCUAGUCAAAGUCAGCAAUGAUGCACCGUGGAAGGAUUUGAGCAGUGCUCAAUGGUCCGAAGCGACGAGCUGGGGUCCACCCGAUACACCCUCGGAUUACGAGUACCCUGUUGCGAAUGUUGCGCCGAGGAUCGACAACAUUGCAAAGUCGAUUGGUGCGCUUCGUAGCGUAGACGAGCUCUUGAGGCCAUUUACAUACCCGGAUUUGGUCGAUAAUCCCGCUGGUAUCCAAGUCAAGCUGGUCCAGUAUGUCUAUCCCGACAUCGUGCUCUAUCCCGUCAUGCCGGGUCGCGCAAGAAGCAACCGGGAGACGCACCAGCAGCUUGUGGCAGAGACCGUUCACGAGCACCAAGCGCCACCUGAUGACAAGUACUUGAGUGUAGCAGAUGGGCUUCUGGAAGCCGCUAGAAGGAGGUUCGAAGCUGUCAGGUCAUCCCUCGGCAAGAUCGAUACCGAAAUGAUCCCGCCUCCAAACCACCACCGCUCCGGAUCAAGCGUGAGCUCCAUACAGUCGGCCUCCACCCAGGCAAUCAAUACACCCGCCUCUGCCCUUUCUCCUUCAUCCUCGACCCGCUUCCGCUCCCAGUCUUACGUUCAUUCUCGCUCUCCAUCAAACUCUUCUCUUUCUUCUGCGAAGCUUCCUCCCAAAGAUCUCCUCCCUGAUCUCCCUGCUCUUCCAGUGACCAGUACGCUCAAGGGCGACUUGCCGAAGUUUGGGCAUUCGAGGUCGAGCUCGAGUGUUGGUUCUACAGCUGCGUCGACGGCCGUAGAGGGCGAUUCUCCGUAUGUGUUGAGUCCACAAAGUACGGGAACGAGGACACCCACCAGAGCUAGAAGUAGCACCCUUGUUUCGGAGAGGAUGAAGGCAUUGAUGGACCAGACGCAGAAGAGUCAACCAUUGCCGCCUUCUGCGGUCAAUGUCAGGGGUAUCCGAAGCAGUACUUACGGUACCAUGAGCCCGCCUCAUAUCAGCAGCACGGAAAGCACGCCGACGAAUGUUGAGGAGAAGCCAGGGCACCGCCCUAUUGGCAAGCUGUCAAAUUCCAUGUUCCGCAACUGGCAAUAG